UCCAGAAUUCCUAUUCCCGACCCAUUCCUCAUUAACUCCCAGUAACAUACUACACGUAGAUGGCAAUGUCAUCGUCUGCUGCAGCUUCCGAGCAUUCCAGGCGAGCCUGGACGACGUGCCUUUCCUCGGCCUUCAGGGCUACCCUGGCCUGCACCAUCGUAGCUGGCGCCACCCUGUAUAGUCCCUCCCCUUUCCAGCGCCAGGUGGCCCUCCCCGCGUUCAGCUACGUCACCGUGGUCCUCAUCGUGAUGGACGCCACACUGGGCGACAUGUGGCGGAGCUGCUGGCUUGCCCUGUAUGCAACCGCCCAGAGCGUGGGGCCGGCCAUCCUGAGCCUGUGGCUCAUUGGCGGGCCUGCUCGGCUCUCUAAGGCCACUACCUCCAUUGCGGUGGCCAUGGCCGCCUUCGUAGUGGUGCUCCCCGAGAGGACGCACCUGGUGGCAAAGCGCAUCGCACUGGGGCAGAUUGUGCUGAUAUACGUGGUUGGGUUCAUCGACAAAGAGCAUGCCGAUGCCAUCAUGCACCCAGUUCAUGUGGCGGCUAGCACUGCAGUCGGGCUAUUGGCGUGUGUUUUGGCCUUGCUGCUGCCUAUCCCAAGGCUAGCCACUAACGAGGUUAAGGAGAGUUGCGAGCAGUACGUGGAGAAUGCUUCGAACAGGCUGAAGCUCUUCGUUAAGGCGUUUAGUGCGGAGGAUGCCAACUCCUCUCUCUCGUCUAUCUCCCAAGCCAAGUGCUUAUCCCAUUCUGCAAAUAAACUUAUCCACAGUACCAAGCGCUAUCAGGAAAGUGUGCAAUGGGAGCAGAUACCCUUCAUCAAGUCCUCGAACUCUCAUCAAGGCAAUCCCGGGGACGGCCUGCAAAAAGUAGAGACACAUCUGCGCGGAAUGGAGAUUGCACUGACGAGUUCGUCUCAUUCAUUUCCCAUCAAGUUGCCCAAUCAAGAACUCGAAAAUGGCCUGAUUGCUCUGGAGAAACAAGUUAACCUUUGGUCUAAUUCGAAUUCCUCGACAGCCCCAGCUGAGUCAAUCGCAGAACAAAAGACAUCUAAUAAUAAGUCCAUCCAUGUACUUCACGAAGUCUCAACAUCCCUUCGUGAGUUGUCCUCCGCUUUCUUCAUGUUCUGCUUGAAGUCACUAGCAAAACCAUUUGAUCCCGUCCAGAAUCAAACUCUUACGAGCACCAAGGAAUCACCCGACUCCGGGAAGCAAAACACCGGCAAUUGGCUUACGACGUUUCGAGCCCCCAAACGGCUUAUGCCGGCAUUAAAGUGCUCGCUUUCUCUGGGCCUCGCGACGAUGCUCGGGCUCAUGUACAGCAGAGAAAACGGGUUCUGGGCCGGGCUUCCAGUGGCCAUAAGCCUGGCCUCGGCCCGCGAGGCAACUUUCAAGGUUGCGAACGUCAAGGCACAGGGGACUGUCCUAGGAACUGUUUAUGGAGUGGUGGGCUGCUUCCUCUUUGAAAGGUUCCUGAUAGUGAGGUUCUUUUCACUCAUUCCGUGGUUCAUUUUCACGAACUUCCUGAGGAGCAGUAGGAUGUACGGGCAGGCGGGCGGGAUCUCGGCGAUCAUUGGGGCUGUCCUUAUUCUAGGCCGGAAGGACUUCGGCCCGCCCACCGAGUUUGCUAUCGCCAGGAUUGUCGAGACAUUCAUCGGCUUGUCCUGUGCUGUUGCAGUCGAGGUUGUGCUGUCCCCUGUUAGGGCCUCAACCCUGGCCAGACGGCACCUUGGCAAAACUCUCGUGGCGCUGCACGAAUGCAUUGGCUCGUGCGAUCUUCGACAAGGUGGCGGGGCCGUCUUGGAAAAGGGCCUGAGGAAGCUUAAGGGCCACGUAAAUGGGCUAAGCAAGUGCAUUGGUGAGGCUGACGUGGAGCCUAACUUUUGGUACAUGCCCUUUCAUAGUGCUUGCUAUAGUAAGCUCUCUAGGUCAUUAUCCAAGUCGGUUGAUUUAUUGCAUUUUGGGUCCAAUGCACUCCGAACAUUGUCAGAGAAACUCGAGGAUCAUGCAGCAUCUUGGAAGGACAUUAACGACGAACUAGAUGCUGACCUUAAACUCUUCAAGGACCUGACAAACUCUUCGAUAAAAUGUCUUGAGGAGGUCGUCUCGGUAAAAUCACUGGAGUUGCUCGACAAGAAGCUGGAAGAGAACAACAACGACAGCAAGGUUUCUUGUGAUCUUGAACUGGGGAAAACAUCAACAACACCCAAAUUAUUAUCGGCUUUGGAUGAAGAUGAGAUUGAGAAGGUCGUGUGUUCUUACCUUCAGCAUGCACAGGAGGUAGUUGACAAGAUAUUCGGUGUUGAAGGUCAGGAUUUGGACAACGAGGCCAAGAGCGAAGUUGUUCUGAGCUUAAGCGCAUUCGGAUAUUUCAUGCUUAGCGUAAUGAGGGAGACCGUAGAAAUCGAAAAUAUGAUUAGAGAAUUCAUCCAAUGGGAGAACCCGUCGAAUGAUAUAAACUUGCAUGAAAUUGCAUGCAAGGUGCAAGCUCUGUACAGUUAAUUGACCGAUCGAAGGUUUUCUGCAAAUUGCAACAUUAGGGAAACACUCAGGAUAUUUGUCGUGUUUCUCUAUGAAAAACAACCAUCUAACUUGAAUGAAUUAUCAGUGGA